AAAAAAUGGAACUUCAAGCACAGCCCAGCUUGCACCAACUUGAAACAUGAGUAAAAGUCAAAGAUAUGCAGAUAAAUCAUAUCAUUUUCAAAGACUUAUAUUAUAAUGCAGAUUCGUCGGAACUAGAAUUAUCUCAAAGAGAUCUAAUAUCAGGCAAAUUAGAUGCUAGAAGUAAAGAACUGUCCUUCUGAUUUGAAGAAAUUCGUGACCAAAUGUUUGUAAAGAAGCUGUGCUCGAUCUCUCAUUUUGAUGUGGACUCAUUAACACUUUCUAAUAUUCAAAAGAUAAAUAAAUAUUAUGACAUUUUUCUGGACUUUUCUUUUCCUAAUAAAGUGAACUGGUUCUGCAUUGAAGCCGGAUAUACUAAAAAGCAAUAUAUUGCCUAUUACUUUGAUAGGAUUAUCAAAAUAAGUCAUAAGAUAUGAAUCAACAUGGUUCUUUGAGGGUUCAUUAUCAAAGGAGAUCAGCUAAAAAGGUUAUUGAGUUCAUUUAAACAUUGCAAACUAUUCGAACUAUUUAGUUGCAAAUUAUCGAUCCCGAAUUCUUUUAACCUUUCUCAGGCUAUGAAGAAUACUAAACUCGAGACAUUAAUGUUCUAUCAUUGCGACUUCAGACUUGAGAACUGAAUGUCUGAGGAUAGAAAAGAGUUAAACAGCCUUAUUGAAGGUCUUGGGACUUCAGAAAGUUUGAUUUCAAGCCUCAAGGAAUUAGACAUCAGAGAUUGUAAAAUCUGCAAAAAGACAAUUCUUGAGCUGCUUGAGCAGAAUGGGUUUGGGAAUGUCAAAAUCUUGGAAGGAAGAUAAAAAUUAAACAACCAAGACUAGAAAAAGAAGAGUAUUUAUGAUAAUAUGACAAAAGAAAUCUAUUCCUUAAAGAGGGAACAAGAAAAAAAUAAAAAAUAAAUAAACAUUAGAAGAAUACAGCAAUAAUCUGAAGCUUGUGUGAAAAAUUAUCAACAAAGAGAGAAAACUGGUAUCAUUUAUCUGAAUAACAAAUUACAGUUCAC